AUGACCGCAACCACUCAUAUCAACACGAAAACACUUCCAAUAAACGUAUUUGAUCUACAACAUGACGAUUUUUAUAAUUUCGUUGAACAUCAAUCAGGAAUUGUUCAAGCAAACAUUCUUAAAGUUCAGCUAAUAAGCGAUGCCACCACCUUCUUAGAAUGUAAUGAUCCAACAGAAAUUUUACAACAUAACGGCGAAAAACUGAUUGAUCUUAAACACAAAGCUUGUGUAAUUACAAAUGGUGGAGCCUGUAUAGUUCUAGCCGGUAUUGUAGCUUCAUUUAAAACUUUAAAGAAGCGUCUUAUUAAAAAAAUCGAAGAAGACAACAAAAGAAAUAAAUAUAUUAUUACCGAUCCUUCUACAUCAAUCAACGCACCAGCUGUUAAUCGUGCGAUUUCAACUGAUGAACAGCGAAACCAUAUAAUAACAACAAUUAAUAACUGGUUUACUAGUCGUCGAGAUGAAUUUCAUUUGGAGAAUGAUGCUACUCUCGAAGAAAAUACACAUUACCAAAUACAAUUCAAAAACAUAAACAAAGAGAAUGAAUCUGCAGCAAUUAUAUGUGGAUGUGGUUCGAGAGCAGCAUUAAUUCGUUCUAAUAAUACAGGAUAUUAUCAGAUGUCGAACUAUUAUCGUCAUAUUGAACGUGGCACUUGCACAAUGAUGCUGGAGAAGGUAGAUGAUGCACAUGAUCGAGAAAACGUCGAUGAACAAAACGACGACAAUAACGACAACAACACAAAUUCUAAUAAUUCUGAUGCUGCAACACAAUCACCAUCAAUCGAACGAAAUCAUAACAAAACGUCAUUACAGAAAAGACGUGCACCUGCUGCAACAACUACAACUAGUCGACGUAGCAAGAGACGACGGGUAUAG